AUGGUUUCAACUACAAUGCAUCGACUCGCAAUAUUUUUAAUCGCAUUACUUCUUUUAACCAGACUUGGUAAGAGCGCGAUUGGCCAAAGUAACGAAGACAGUGAAGAAAAUGAACAAGAAAAAGAAGAAGAAAAAGAAGAAGAUAAAGAAAAUGAAGAAGAAGAAGAAGAAGAAGAAGAGAAAGAUGAAGAAGAAAAAGAGGAAGAAAAGGAAGAGGAAGAUGAAGAAGAGGAAGGAGAGGAAGAUGAAGAAGAGGAAGAGGAAGAAGAGGAAGAGGAAUAUUAUGAGUAUUAUGAAGGUUAA